CGAAGCCGAAACCCAGCACGCCGGCGCGGGUUCACACGCUCGGCGCGGCCGCGCCAUCCUUUCUGCGCAACGGAGCAGCCGCAGCGACGACAAGGCUCGCGGCCUCGGGCGGCAUCAAAGGGGCUCUGGGCGGUGGGGCUGCUUCAUCGUCCUCUGCAGCAGGUUUAGUACCAGACGACAGCAGCGAGGAUGAAAUGUCAAAAAUUCUCGGACCUCUUUUGCGCGACGUGCCGGAGGACGGGAUUGACAGUCCGGCUGCAGGAGCGACUGCGGCGCUGCCGGUAACGCAGGAAGAACCAGAGCAACCACAAAGCGCAGGCACACAGACUGGGCCGGUUGUACCGCCAGAGGAGGCUGCCGACUCAGGCUCGGGAACAUCGGAGUACGAAGCGGAAGUUGCGGAAACCAGCUCGACUGGUGAUCAAAGCGGCACUGCUAAGUCCGGUGCGCAGAGUACCGACACACUAGAGACGACACAGGUAAACAAACAUUCAUCGCGAACUUUCAACGAUGCUUUUCGCUCGUGGUUGCGUUUAUCUAGUUCGAUUUUACGCAACUUAUCCGUUGAAAAAAAUCAGGGUGCGGAGCAAGCCACACCGGAUCCUGCCGCAGCAUCAGUGGCCCCUCCGAAGGCAGCGUCCAAUCUAGGGCCGGUGGCUGAUAAGCGCGGAAAGCAAUUUUUCGGAGUGGAUCUCCUGGCUACGACGAAAAACGAGGAACCUCAAGCGAAAAAACAGCCAGUGGCCGUCGAAGCCGAAGAUUGGACUUCGGAUUCCGAUGAUUUCAAUUACGAGGUAGCAAGACAGAAUAGCGAUUGCGUCCUGAUGCUGCGUGUCAAGUGUGUCAUUUGCUUCCGACGAGUAACCAAAGAAAUAGAGAAUCUUCAUAUAGCAAAUGAAAUCCCAUCAACUUUUCUCCAAAUGAAAAUUCAGGGCAACACCAACCGCAAGGCGGAUCGCGCACGUCGAGCAGGCGCAAAAGAAAAAACGACUGCGCAAGAGGAAACAGUUCCAAAUACGCAGGCAAAUCCGUCGUCCCCCAGUUCUUCCUCACCUCCCCGCAAGCUGGAGCCGCUGGCGACGAAGAAGGAGGGAGAAAACACACCUGCCAGUAGUUCGCCAACCAGCCCAUCGGUAGCCAUGUCACCCUCGCCAUUACCCUUCCGCAUCCGCUCGGUGCGACAGGGCGGCAAAGAAAAGUUGAACACCGCGGGCGAAGAAGCUGCCUCUUCACCCGGGCCGGAAUCCGCACAAGAAAAGUCAACUGGCCUUGCAAUACCCACUGAAGCAUCUUCGGAAAAGAAGAAAGAAGAAGACGCUGGUGGUAUCAACGAUGCGCUUUUUCGGAUGUUCGGCUCCGGUGGCGCAGACGCUGAGUCUUCGAGCACGUCGCCCGCCGCCACGACCCCCUCGCCGGAUCGCGAUAAUAUUUCAAAGCUCAAGAACGAAACUGCGUCAGACGAGCUACAGCUUCCCGCAGAGGCCACCGCAGGCGGGGCUCCUUCCACCGCCGAGCCGUCAUCUGCAACCAAGACGGAAAAAUCCACCGCUGUGAAGAGUGCGGAGGAUGAGACAGUAGAGGUAGCAGACACGACAACUUUGCACCAGGACGAGGAGAUUAAAGCGCCCGCCGAUGCAGCAGCAGCCGACGACGGCGUCGAUCUGCAAAGCGGUGUCACGCCCGUGAACUACGGUGGCGCGAUCCGCGGCGGCGAAACUGCUGUCUCGGCGUCGUCGUCCGAGUACGUGAUUGAGCUCGACUCCAAUUUCACUCUGGAAUCCAGACCGCUCGAGGAGAUUCCAGCGGCUUUGUCCGCCCGAACCGGAGGAAGCGGCAGCGCCAGACGACCCGCGCCACCCCCGGUUCCACCAAAUGCACGUGGGCCAGUACCUCCGCCACCACCACCACCACCUCUUCCGAAAAGUUUGCCGAAUGCGAAUGCUACAGAACCUCCAGACGGCAACAUUACAGUUGUAAUGGGCGUCGAGAACAACAUCAACGGAAAGCCGGAUUCGAAGCAGAGCGCGCCCGCAGGCUCGUCGUCGUCUGAGUAUGUCUACGAAGUUUCUCUCACCGAAGAGGACGGCGAUAGCUACAGCAACUCAGAAUCCGUAGCAGGAGCGCAAACUACUCCAAAACCACCCGCUGCGCCAGCGGCAGGGGAGAGUAGUAAACCGGACGCUGAUCAUGCCGCUGACGAUGGUGGUUUUGUGUUUCGCCUGCGACCAGAGGACGAGGAGGAAGAGGAGGAUAGCUUUGAUGCGUCAGCAUCCGUCUCUUUGCCAGUGGACAAGGACAGGGAUAUUGCGACGAUCCAGAAACUGGUAGCAGACGGAAACAACACUCCACCAGAGGUAGAGCCAGUUCUUUCCGAAAAAGCAGAGUCAGACGCUUCUCCUGCAGCACUGGUGAAACAAGACGCGGAAAUAAUUCAAAACAUAGUAGACGACGCAGCUGCUUCGGCUUCCCCCGGAGCAAAAACCGAGAAGUCUUCGGAAGCUUCGCCCGUGCCGAGGAUAAAAUCGUCACUGGACUCUCCAACCUCCCCUUUCGGCCCACCGAAAAGUAAACUCGCGGACGAAGAAGAAGAGGAAGAGGACGAGAAGCCCGUGAACACAAGGUCACCGCGCAUGCCGGAAUUUGAGAAGAAAGGCGCCGCCAUUGUGUUUGACGGAGAGGGCGUUACGGGAGGCGACCCGCUGCAGCUUUUCGACAAAACUGCGGAUGCCGCGGCAAAACCGCAGACGCAGUGGCGCUCGCUAGGCUUGGAGUUCCUGUCGGGCGACGCAACGCCGCCGACCAACAAAGCCUCGGACGGAGGGGGAACGGCGCCGCCGAGCGGCCCGCCUUCCGAACGCGGUGGCGCCCCGUCUUCUGCAACAAGCAGCCGGUCACCCUCUCGCCGCGGGUCCGACCCCAAGGCCGGCGCGCUCGUCCCACCAUCAAAGAGCAGCAAGUGGAAUCCAAAUGGUACCGAACAAAGAGUGCUGAAUUGCAAAAAUGCUGCGAAGAGUCUUGAAUUAAUAUACUCGAUCUCCGCCAUGUGUUAAUGACCUCUUACGUAAAUACUUCUUUUGUUCAACACCAAUCGAACUCUUUCUCUUCUCUACUUCAGGUAGCACAACGCCGCCGCCCCCACUGCCUCCGUUCCGUGGCGCCUCGCUGAAGGUAGAGACCAGUCCUCCCGACGCAAGCACCUCCACGCACUUCGGUGCAUCAAGUAGCACGAUCAGUGCAAAAGCAAAGGCCUUCGCCAUCGACACCCCGGUGUUUGGGGCCUCGCCGCUCGGUUCUCCGCAACCACUUGUGCCGAAACCCAAACCCCAGUACGUCGUCGCCCGCACGAACUCCGCACUGGAAGACGUCUCACCGUCCGGAAGUGGACGCAACGACCCCCUCGCAGGUCGAAACAACGCGCCCUCAGGCUCCGACGAGCCGGAAAGGUCGGGGUACGAGCAGCAGCGCAGCGGGCGGAACAACAAGACCCGCGGGCGCAGCUCGUCUUGCAGCGUGUCGAAGUGUGGCGGCGUGGACAUCACGACUGAUGCGGUGCUGUCGGAUCCCGGCACGCUCCUGGCCAGCCGCGCGGCCUUGCUAGAUUCUUCUCUCUCCAUGGAGCUGAGCGCGCUCACUGCCCACCCGCUGUUCCACGGAAGUCCGAACGCACGAGCAGGGACUUUCGGCGCGGCGUCCAGCUCGGUGACCCCUAUUUACCAGUCGCAUGACGGGUUUUCCGGCAUUGUCGCAGGCUUGCGCUCGCCCAACGGGGGACUGCUCAACGAAAGCGGAUCGACCUCCAUGCUGGAUGCUACACAACAAGGCCUCAAGCUGGAACCAUUCGUGCCGGCGCAGCAUGGAAACAACAACUACUCCGCGUCCUUCAACACGUCGCCAAACAGGAGUGGCUUUGCCCCCGCCAGUAGAACGAUGUCGUCGCGCUACAGUCGCGACGGGCAUUCGCAGAGCUCGCGCACAUUGUCUGUACUGGAGGCUACGGAGCAGUUCGACCACUACAAGUCAGCGCGCAGCGGCGCUCUUCGUCCCCCGAAUUUGUCGGAUUUGCAAUGGAGGUUCUCCGCCUUGCAGCGAAGAUGCAACUACAGCAGUGCUGCGUCUUCCGCUUCUGGCACCACUGCUAGUACAAUAAAGCAACCGCGGGAAGAUGCCAGUCAAAUCUUUCGACGCCGGCUCGAAUCUGCGACAAGCUUUAGAUAGCAUCGCUUUUUACCGCUGCCGCGAAUAAACAUGCACGAGUUCUUCACGCCUGUCGCAGGCUGUGUCAGCAGGCAGUCUCUUCUCAGAGCCAAACGUGUAACGCAAGAUCGUUUGUGAACCUCAGGUGCACAUCUGAGUGGUCGCUCAGUUGAAAAAAACGAAAGAC